CAUACACUAUACAAUCCGGAUCGGAUCUGAUACAUGUUAACAGAUUUAGAUGUCUCCUCCCGUUACAUAGUUCAGGUAUAUCACCAUCUAUUAGGUCUGCACUCACUAUAUCCGCUCUCCCCGGACCCCGCACUCACUAUAUCCGCUCUCCCCGGACCCCGCAUUCACUAUAUCCUCCUCUCUCCCCGGACCCCGCAUUCACUAUAUCCGCUCUCCCCGGACCCCGCAUUCACUAUAUCCGCUCUCCCCAGACCCCGCAUUCACUAUAUCCGCUCUCCCCGGACCCCGCAUUCACUAUAUCCGCUCUCCCCGGACCCCGCAUUCAGUAUAUCCGCUCUCCCCGGACCCCGCAUUCACUAUAUCCGCUCUCCCCGG